AUGGGUAGCACGCCAUUUGGUGCUGCUGGCUUAGCGUUACCGUCGAGCCACGACAAGGUGCUCAAAGGAUUCACGAAGCCCCAGAUCGUGUUUUCAAUGAUUGACAUACUUGGGCUGUGCCCUUCUCCUCUAUCAGAGCUUUUGCUCACGCAAUUGCUGGGUACCCAACACGAGGUCAAGAUGGUUCAAUAA